GUUUGGGAUGCUGUAUCCUGCAUAUUACUCCUACAAAGCUGUGAAGACCAAAAAUGUGAAGGAAUAUGUUCGUUGGAUGAUGUAUUGGAUUGUGUUUGCUCUUUAUACAGUUUCUGAAACAAUAACUGACCUAACAGUCUCCUGGUUUCCACUGUACUAUGAACUGAAGAUAGCUUUUGUUAUUUGGCUCCUUUCCCCAUAUACGAGAGGGGCAAGUUUAAUCUACCGGAAAUUUCUCCACCCGCUUCUUUCGUCUAAAGAAAGGGAGAUUGAUGAGUACAUCGUACAAGCCAAAGAAAGAAGCUAUGAGACCAUGGUGAAUUUUGGAAGGCAAGGGUUGAAUUUGGCAGCAACUGCUGCAGUGACAGCAGCUGUAAAGAGUCAAGGUGCAAUAACUGAGAAGCUGAGAAGUUUCAGUAUGCAUGAUUUGACUACUAUACAAGGAGAUGAGCCAGUAGGACAGAGACCCUAUCAGACACUGCCAGAAGCAAAAAAGAAAACCAGAGCCUCUGCAAGUGAAUCUUCAGGUUCCAAAACUCCACUGGAAAAAAAUCCUGGAGAUGAUAAAACAGAUGAAGAGAUGGAGGGGACACAUUCAGAUGAUGAAAUGCUUACUCACAGAGGCCUUCGAAGAACUCAGAGCAUGAGAUCUGUGAAAAGUAUUAAAGGCCGUAAAGAGAUACGGUAUGGAUCACUGAAGUACAGAGUGAAGAAGAGACCCGCUGUAUACUUCUGAGUGUACUGCACAAUGCCUGCCAGUCAAACUGCUGUAUUAUAGUAACUUGAAUUCUGUGUGUCAAGUGUUAAAGAUCUGUGUAUGAUUCACAUAAUGAGUAUGUAUGAAUAGAUAUGGUAGGACUUGGUUUUAUGAACCUAAAUGGUUGGAUAAAGUAUUACUCUGCUUUUCUUUAAUUGCUUAUUGGUCAGACUUAAAUCUGGACAAGUUAUAGUAAGAAUUUCAGCAGCCCUUAAAUGGGAAU